AUGGCCACAGAGUGCACCGCAGAGUGCACCGCGGGGGCCUCGGCACAGCAGACUUUGCCUUUACUUGAGCCUCAAUCCUUGAGCCGGGUCCUUGUGCUGAGGACGCACCGCCUGCAGCCUCAACAGCCAUGGCUGCCCCCGCCGCAGCCGCAACCCGUGCCGGAGAAAAAGCUUCAUGCGAGCCAGGUGCGCCAAUCACAGGGCCGUGACUUGAAUCAGGCCAGCCAGCAGGGCCUCCAGGCCGUCGACGAGAUGUUGUCCGCAGCGUUUAAGCGGGCCACGCCGGUGCUGGCGAAGCUCCCACCGGGAGUGGUUCCCGUCGAAGCUCCUGAGAAGAGCCCUUUGCCGUUCGUGGAGCUGGACCGCAGCUUGCUGCAGAAGUUGGAGGAAGCGGACAGGGUCGUGCAGGCUGCCGCGGCGAAGAAGACAGAGAAUCUUCGAAAGGAGAGGGAGGUGCCCUCAGAGGUAGCGUGGACCCCAAAGCUGGCCGUAGCUCGCGGAACGACUGCAGUGCAAGGAGCCAAGGGGAGCAAAGGAAAAGGAAAGAGCAAGGGAAAGGAAGGCAACGGUCCAAGCAAAGGAAAGGGCAAGGGCAAGACUUGGCAAGACUAUGGUGGAAAGGUGUGGAAGGUGAAGGAGGUCUCAACAGAGGAGACCUCGAUCACGACGGAUCACAGGCCCCGGCGCUUGGGCAAGAGGGGGCCCUACACUGGUGGCUCUUAG